AUGGCGUCAUCAUGCCGCACCCACCCGUCUUUCGAGCCAUCCGACUGGUCGUCGAUGCCCUUCGCAAAAGCUGAUCAUACAGUUGUCGAGUGGCAACCGUACAAACAUGGAUAUGCAUUCGACCUCAUCCGAUCAUUCUCUAGCGCCGACGUGGGAGAAGAUGUGAGAAACGCACUGGCAUUCAGUGGAGACCCGCCCAUAUUCAACAUCGACAAAUUACUUGGUCCUGGAGCAACACGGCUCGAACUAAAUGCUGUCUGGGAUAUUCAAAGCAAAAGGUAUAAAUAUCAACAAGAAUAUUUAGCUAUUUGGCAAGAGAUAAGUCAUGUUGACGGUUGGAUUCAUCCUCUGGCUCCUCAUGCUGCUGUCAAGCACAAUGAUUUCAAAUAUUAUGGAUAUACAACUGUCAUUAAUCUACUCGAUUGGCCAGCUGUUGUCCUUCCUGUGACAUUUGCAGACAGGGAAACAGAUGUCAAGGAUGCGACGUACAAGGGCAUUAGUCCACUGGACACGGAAAUACAUAAUGAUUAUGAUGCCGAUAUUUACCAUGGAGCUCCCGUAUCUGUACAAGUUAUUGGCAGACGAUUACAAGAAGAAUAUGUCAUUGGACUGGCUGAACAGAUUGGAAUUGCUUUGUCUCUGUAG